UAUCCGCAUCUUUUGUUGUCACGCCUCAUCGCCAGCGAGAUAGCACGCAUCAUAUCAGAUAAGAGGCCAUUGUUUGAUAUCUCGCGCUUGAUUCAUACGCCUUGUGUCUAUGGUUGAUCACGGUAUCCGAAAGCGCAAUGUUACGACCCGCGAUCGCACAGGCUGCGUAACCUGUCGCUCACGCAGACUGAAAUGCGAUGAAAAGAAGCCCCAUUGUUACAACUGUACCAGACUCAAUCUUGAGUGCGGCGGUUAUGCAACACCAAUCAAGUUUCGAGAUCAGACAGAUCUGCUGAAGAGGAAACACGGGAGAAAACGCAAAGAAAAGGCACAAACGCCAGCUCCCAAAGAUGAAACUUUUCAAUCGGCCGAUGAAAGCCAUCAAACUUUCGACGAUUCACAAGAGUUGUCCCGCUAUGAGGCGGCCACGUCACUCGCCCUCAUAUCUGGAGGCAUUCACCAAGAUGCGCUGGUGUCUCCCAGUGGGCAUCAAACGGAAACGCCUUCGUUCUAUACGCCUUUUGAUGACACGACUAUGCAAGAUGAUUCCGCUCUCUGUGGACAAGAUGAAGACAAUCCGGAUAAUGGGCUGAACACACCUUAUCAGAGCGUAGCCACUCCGGCUGCCACGCCGGUCUACCCACAUAUUGACUCGCCUUUGCUGCGACAAACACAAUCAGAACAAGCGAAUCGGCAAUUGACUUCAGUGCCAACGAUUCCAGUCGGAUUGCUGGAGAGCGCUAAGUUCGCUGAAGACAUGGUGUUCUACCACCAUUUUACAGACACUUCACCAUACGGCACCCUUUCAAUUUUAUCGCUCAAUGAUAUCUUACAGGCUGAGCACCUCGACAAGGCCUUCUUCCACGCUGCACUAGCGCUAGCAGCCCUGGAUAUCUCUCAGGCAAGGCCGACGGAGGCGCUCGGUAGCAAGGCGGCACUGCAAGCCCUCGAUCACUUCGUCACUGCACUUGGUACGGUGCGCAUGGCACAGCUCGACGAUGAGGGGGUCGCUACGGGCUGUCCGCCGAACCAAGACAACGCCAUCUCAUGGCUGGCGACUCUUUUGCUGCUGGCAAACUUUGAACUACAGAGAGGCCAGAUGAAGUUGUGGUACAUCCAUAGCCGGGCUGCGGUCACCUUCUUGUCACAACACCUCAACCGCGUGCAGGAUUCACCCGUAGGAGAGUCGCUUAUCCGAUCAUUUUCUAGGAUCGCCGCGCUUCUGGAUAUCUUUGACAGGGCAUACUCUGUACGCUACAGCAUAGCGUCUCCGGACGUCUCAGACUCUCUAAGCAGAUCUCUAGUAAACUCACCUCAUUCAGCAGACCGACUGCUGUACAUCCUACCGCGGGUCAUUAAGCUGGAGGAAGAGUGGAGGAGCAACCCUCAACACGACCUCCACUGGCGAGAGCAAGCAGAAGGCCUUAUCGAGGAGUUGAAAGCCUGGCGGAAGACAGUGCCUGACUGCGACGUACCACCCUUACAUGAGCACACCGCAAACCCUUACAACGAAGACGCAGAAGGGCCCGGUAUCUCCAUCAGACCCCUCAGCAUCCCAUAUGCCCCGGAGCCCGUCAAAGCUGCAACAACCUUCAUGCACUACCUCGUGUCUCUCCUUCGCUUGGAAACGAGAUACCUGCCCGGCGCGGUGCGCCAACUACCCCCCAAAGCCAAGAAAAUUGUCCUCCUCGUCUGCCGCCUGGCAGCAGGCGUACCCUACGCCUCCUGCGCGGCGGUCAACGCAUACUCCCACGGCAUGGUCGCGGCGAUGAUGAACUGCUACCACAUGUCGGAGGAGCAGGAGGUCAAGGACUGGGUCAAGAAUUGGAUCGCCGGAUUCCCGCGGGAGAGGGAGGGCAUCUGGAACGUGCGACACGCGCACCGCGUGCUGAAUUACGUCGACCAGGAGUACACGCGUCGCGGCUCGCGCUACAACUGGGAGAUAAUCAAGGUUCGACUAAUAGAUCUCGAGACUGACGCCACGCCGAGCGAGGACGAGGAGACGGACCCCGACAAGUUUUCAGUCGAGAUUUAUUCGCGGUGUAAACGGGGCUGGAGCAUUGACUUUGUGGAAAUACCAUAAUAGGAAAUCGGGAACGCCUGCGCUUGUGGAUUGCCAGCGCACCAAUGACAAUGAUGAGAAUGGAAUUUCGCGAAUAUGGAAAGAUCUCGGAAUGUGGGCUCGGUAUCCGAUGACAUGCAGGUCCCAUCGCCGAGGAUUUCUGUUUAAAAUUUUCUGCGGGAUGACGGGCGCCGGCCGACGGGCCUCCGAUCGGGAGCUGGUCGGUGUGGAGACGGUUUGGCGCGCUCGUUCUCAUUUGCCGUUUUGGGUAAUUUCUACU